UCCAUAAGAUGUAUGGCUUGCAAUAGAAAGACAAUAGUAGCUUGUUGCGAAGACUUAACGAUAAAUUGUUACGAUCUCAAAUCUGGUGCUAGAUCACUGCCACCUUUAUUAAUCGAAGACGUUGUCUCUUCUCUUAGUCUUUCCCAGAAUAGUUACUGUUUGGUAUUAACCAAAACCGGAUUAUUACAUAUGUGGGAUCUACAGAACUCGAAAAGUUUAUUAACCCGCAUCUCAGUGCGAAGUUUGUUGACGGGGAAAGGUUCUGUGAAUGGCUGUAGUUUAAGUUCAACCAAUCAACCAGUUCUAACUUUAUCAGAUGGACGAGCUUAUUCUUAUUGUAUGAAUCUGCAGACAUGGGUUCAGUUGUCUAACCCUCUAGAUCCUGUCAGCGGAACGGGAGGAAACUUAAUAAGACGCGUUCCGGCUAAUUUACCGUUGGCGUCACUGCAGCGACACAUGCCGGUACAGAGGUGCAUGGAUACAUUACCACCAGGAGUGACAUUAAGUUUUCUCGAAUCACAGAUUACCGCAACGAGUGUGCUACAGUCAGCCGCUGAGUACAGGCAUUGGUUGAUUGCCACGGUCAACCAUUUGCUUGAUAAAGGUCCUGAAUGUAGGUUACGGCUCGUGUUGGAUGAUCUUAUGGGUCCGAAUCACACGUCAUCGAAGAAACAGAAAAUGGAUACUAGAUUGGAAGGAACCAAUAGGACGCUCCUAAACGAAGUAUUAGCAAUUAUCAAAACCAAAUUACCCUGGCAAAGACUGUAUAAAGAAUAUAGUGAACAGCUUUCCGAUCCUUAGUAUAUUUUUAAGUUUAAUUAGGAUAGUUUUCAGUGAAUCUUUAUACAAGUCAUAGAUAUAAGUUUAUUUUUUAAUAAAUACAGAAAUGAUGAAAACCACAAGGAGAUAGUUUGAAACAACCUUGUGCAUGACUGAUCACUAAGCAAGGUCCGAGAACGAGCUGUACAGGGUGAUCAAUAGUUCUUGGGAAACACUUUUUUCUCAAAAACAGUUGAAGAUAAUUAAAUUCCGAUAUCAAUGUUAUAUUUUCAGUGACCGAAUGCUCUGGUAAUUUCUUUUUCUCAGAAACAAAUAUUUUUUUGAGUGUGAAGCGAAGAAAGCUAUGACUCUAUAUUAAUUCGAAGUGAACACACUGUAU